GAUGGCUCAGGGGACAGUGAUCCGCGUGGCCCCAGAGCAGCCUACCCAUGCCGUGUGUGUGGUGGGCACAGCCACUCAACUCGAUGUGCUCGGCUCCGCACCCGAGCACUGCACAGCCUUUAGCCUCAGCACCUCGCCGGGGGUGCUUGUGGAUGUGGCCCAUGGCCCCCCGACCAAGAAGAAGAAGCCCACAGGUUCCUCCAAGUGGCCCCUGGAGCCAGGGCUGGAGGUGACUCUGAAGAUGACAGCGGUCAGCCACAGCAUGGGGGACCAGAAGGUGCAAGUCUGCUACUAUGGAUCCCAGUCUACACCUGUCCGUGCCCUGCUGUACCUCACCGGGCUUGAAAUCUCUCUGCACUCCGACGUCAGCCGCACCGGCAAAGUGGGGCCACCCAGAGCUGGGAGAGACCAGAGGACUUGGACCUGGGGCCGUCGUGGGCAGGGCGCCAUCCUGCUGGUGAACUGCGACAGGGACGAUCCCAAGGCCUUCAGCAUGGACUGCGAGGAUGACCAGGUGCUGGACAGCAAAGACCUGAAGGACAUGUCCCAGCUGACUCUGAGCACGAAGACACCCAAGAACUUCUCCACCAAGCAUCAGCUGGUACUACAUGUGGCCAAGGCUGAGAUGGACAAAGUGAGGGUGUUCCAGGCCACAGGGAGCAAAGUGGCCCCCAGGUACAAGGUGGUGCUGGGGCCCCAACAGCCUUCCCACAUCCUGGAGCUCCCAGCCGGCCAGCGUGACACCGACUUCUAUGCCGAGGGCCUGUCCUUCCCAGACGCCGGCUUCCUGGGGCUCAUCUCCCUCUCAGUCUCGCUGCUGGACACAUCCAAGCUGGAGCUCCCCGAGGCCCUAGUUUUCCAAGACAGUGUGACGUUUCGCGUGGCCCCCUGGAUUAUGACCCCCAACACCCAGCCGCCUCAGGAGGUGUACGUGUGCAGGGUUUUGGACAAUGAGGACUUCCUGAGGGCAGUGGCUGCUCUGGCCAAGAAGGCCAAGUGCAAGCUGACCAUCUGCCCGGAGGAGCAGAACAUGGAUGAUCAGUGGAUGCAGGAUGAGAUGGAGAUCGGCUACACCCAGGCCCCCCACAAGACGCUGCCCGUGGUCUUCGACUCCCCGAGGGACAGGGGCCUGAAGGAGUUCCCCAUCAAGAUCGUGCUGGGACCAAAUUUCGGCUAUGUGACACGAGGAGCCGGAGAAGGGGAGGUCACGGGGCUCGACUCCUUCGGGAACCUGGAAGUGAGCCCCCCAGUCACAGUGGGGAAGAAGGAAUACCCACUGGGCAGGAUUCUGAUCGGGAACAGCAGUUACCCCAGUGACAAGAGCCGGGACAUGCACCAGGCCCUCUGGGACUUCCUGUGUGCCCAGCAGGUGCAGGCCCCUGUGAAGCUCUAUUCAGACUGGCUGUCCGUGGGCCAUGUGGACGAGUUUCUGAGCUUUGUCCCCGCGCUGGACAGGAAGGGCUUCCGGCUGCUCCUGGCCAGCCCCCGGGCCUGUUACCGACUGUUCCAGGAGCGGCAGCAGGAGGGCCACGGAGAGGCGCUCCUGUUCCAAGAGCUCAAGAGAAAAAACCGGCAGAAAAUAAAAGACAUUCUAUCCAACAAGAAACUGAGAGAACAUAACUCGUAUGUGGAGAGCUGCAUCGACUGGAACCGCGAGGUGCUGAAGCGGGAGCUGGGCCUGGCCGAGGCGGACAUCGUGGACGUGCCCCAGCUCUUCAGGCUCGUGGGGAGCCAUGGGGGGCAACUCAAGGCUGUAGCCUUCUUCCCGAACAUGGUGAACAUGCUGGUGCUGGGCAAGCACUUGGGCAUCCCCAAGCCCUACGGGCCCAUCGUCAACGGCCGCUGCUGCCUGGAGGAGAAGGCGCGGGCACUGCUGGAACCGCUGGGCCUGCACUGCACCUUCAUCGAUGACUUCUACUCCUACCACAUCCGGCACGGGGAGGUGCACUGUGGCACCAAUGUACGUCGGCGGCCCUUCACCUUCAAGUGGUGGUACAUGGAGCCCUGAGUCCUAGCCGUCCCCUCCUCCCCCGGGAAACCCUGGCUAGAAGGCUGCUGCUCCCCUGCAGCGUGGCACAGAGACCCUCGGGGUGGCCUGUCCUCCCAGCAGGGGCUCACGCCCUACUCCUGGCCCCAGCUCAGGUGGCCCUAGCGUUGCAAGUUUGCACUUCUCGGAGAAGCCGCAAUAAACGUUUUCAGCACCUUGUACAAGAAGUCCAGUGAUUGCUCCUGUCACUCACGCAGGCACUCACAUGUCCUGGUGGAACGGACUGUCACACACACCAAGGUGCUCUGAGGGUCUCAGAGGCUGGGGUUACUUAGUGUGUGAGCCUGUGGCUGCCAGGCUUACAUGUGGUGGAUAAAUUCUCAACGAGGGGCUGACAGUUAAGAUGCCUGCGUCCCAUAUCAGAAUACGUGGAGUUGGUUCCUAUUCCUGGCUUUGGCUUCUUCCUAGCGCACACCCUGGGAAGCAGAGGUGAU